AUGUGCGGGGCGACGGCGAUAGGAUUCCCAGGCGACUACGGUUACGAUACUCUCGAAGUGUUAUGCGCUGAAUGGAGCCAGCAUUCAACACAGCGUAUUUUUGAGUACAAUAAAAGAUUCAUUCAGUGGGUACGUGCUGCAGAUUCCCAUGGUGACGGUUUGCGAUGCUUUGACCCCUGGGACAUCAGCGUUCAAAUUAGUGAGCCACCUGUUGUACCAUUUGAGAUUGAGUCAUCUGUCCGUGCGCGGAAGUGGAUAGCCAAUCAGAUGCAUCUGUUGCAGCACCUAUUGGAGAUGCUCUGUCAUAUUAGAGCUAUGAAUCUUGGUAGAGCCCUUCAGUCAUUGCGUCUCUACUUCGACUACUCAAUGUUCCGAUUAAACGAUUCAGUCGUAGCUGCUAAUGUGCACGGUGCUCGACUGGGAGUACUGGAUCAGCGAUCGCUCAGGCUUUCGGCUAGUCUACUACUGUGUGAAUGCGUUCAACAAGCUCAGAACCAUGACGUUGCUUGUUUGCGAAUGGCUAUGGUUGAAUUGGCAGCGCUGGAAGCCAUGUCUCCAAGCGAUACUCAUCUUAAUAUCCUUGUCGAUGAUAAAUCUUCGGGGACUCUUAUCUCCAGUGAGAGCUUGUUGCGGAUGAUAAAUCGUGCGUCAGGAACUGACACUCUAGCUGAAGGUGAGGUUCAUCGAGAUGCGGUUGUCGACACGAACGAGUCGCAGCAGCUUUUCGAUCAAAUGCAUGCGUUAGCGAAUCUGAUGACGGCGAUAACUGCGGCUCGACAGUGCAAAUUUCCAGAUGCAGUCGAGGAAGGCGUCGAGCGUGCCUUGAGGUGCAACUCUGGGUUAGAUACGGGUAGUCGCUGCCGUCUGAUCAAUGACGCAGCCGUAGCAACAACGAGUAGUAUUCGGCUGAAGCAUGGAUUCGCGAAGGCGGCACGAUCAAUUGCCACCGCUCUAGUCGACACAAACUACGGUGAAGGCACUGCUCCGCGACACGAAACCGAUGCACAUGCCAUAGCAGGUGUGAAUAUGGUGUACGCUAGUGUUAUGAUUGGCGAGUGGGAUCGUGCCUUUCAUAUAUUGCGGAAACUGAAAUCGAUUUUUACACCAGAUAUCAAUUGGCAGUGUGCGCAAUAUGUGCAACUUUGUGACAGUAUCAUUUCUUUCGAUUGUGCCAUUCUGUGUGGGCAGUUUGACAAAUGUGUACCGAUACUGGAAGAUAUCGAAGUAAUGGAUCAUGCUGAGGCAGCCUUGAGGAAAGCGUUAUUUCUGGCAGUACAAGGUGAGAUUACGGGAGCACGUAAUUUCCUUGAAACUUUGUACACAAAAUACGAGACACCAUCUACUGUUGUAGUUCAUAUGAGACUUCGACUUCAAUUGGCGAUGCUUCUUAGUGCAGAAUGUCGUUGGAGUGCUGCCACUGAGAUGCUUAAUGGAGUUCGUGAAGAAGCGAUCAGUGUUGAGCAUCGCAAUAUCGCCGGUAUGGCGCUGCGAAGAAUAGGUGUUGUUCAGAUGUUAAGUGGAGAUUAUGAAUCUGCUGUAACGAACCUGACAGAAUGCAAAAAGGAUAUCAAUCGUUAUUGCUCAGUUCUUGAAAGGGCUAUACUAUCCAUAGCUUUGGCGAAGGCUUACUCGCAUUGUAGAGACGGAUGUGAAACGGUGCGUUUCCUAAACAAGGCUCGUGUCCACUGUCGUCAAGCAGGGGCGACACUCUUUGAGAAGUUUGUUCUGCACGAGCUAGCACUAUAUUACAACGAACACGACGCUAUCGAGGAACGUGACGAGAUCGCUGCAGAAUUUGCUGAGUUAGACGAAAGACAUGCUGGCUUAUUCGAUUGGAACCUCGUGUAG